AUGUCUCGUCCUGUUCAAGAUGAAGAGACACCUCUUCUUCGGGAGUCAGAAUCCUCGCGCUCGACCUCGAUGACUGGUGUAGGCGACCAUGCACAUACCGAAGAAUCCAGAAAUGUGCGACCCCAAAGCACCCGGCACGUCAGUUUCUCGUCAACAGAUGACAGUACCACUGACCCACGCGCGUGGCCUGCGAACAAGAAAAUGCUCAAUGUCGCCAUCAUCGCACUCAUGUCGAUUCUCAGCCCGCUGGCAAGUUCCAUGUUUACGCCGGGCAUCUCGCAGAUUGCCGAGGACCUGAACACAGACGAACAAGCUGUCAUUGCAACGACGACGGGGUUUGUGAUUUGCCUCGGUCUGGGUCCGCUAUUGUUGGCGCCGCUGUCCGAGACGUUUGGCCGGCGGGCGCUGUACAUUGGAUGUUUCACUGUUUUCACGAUAUUGCAGGCGGCGAGCGCGCUGGCGCCGGGGAUUGGACCCUUGAUUGCGGUCAGGGCGGUCUCGGGUUUAUUUGGGAGUGUUGGCAUUGCCAACGGUGGCGGCACUAUCAACGACAUGUAUGAGCCGUAUCAGCGGGCGGGGAUAUUUGGCUGGUAUCUCCUAGGACCAUUGCUAGGACCAACACUGGGACCUUUGCUCGGCGGUGUCAUUGUGAGUAGACUGGGAUGGAGAUGGAUUUACUGGGUGUUGACCAUUGUCUGCGCACUCAACACCGGGGUCGGCUACAUCUUUCUGCGAGAGACGUACGCCCCGGUGAUCCUGCAGCGGCGCAAACAACAGCUCCAACAAGAAGCCGGGGACGGUAUUAAAUUCCACUUUCAAGGCGAAGACUCUCGUCCACUGAGCGCCAAACUGCGUCAAAGCCUCAAACGACCGUUUGUCAUAUUUGUGCAGCCGAUUGUCCUAAUCAUGAGUUUGUACCAAGCGUUGAUCUUUGGGACGACAUAUAGCAUCUACACCAACAUGCAGAGCAUUUAUUCAGAAGCGCCAUACAAGUUCAACUCGGAGCAGAUUGGUUUGCUGUACCUGGGACCAGGAUUGGGGUUUUUGACUUCUGUGCGGUUUAUCGUCCCGCGUAUCGACACCGUGUUCAACGUCCUGAGUGAGAGAAACGAGGGGAAAUCAGUGCCCGAGUUUCGCCUACCUCUGGCCAAUAUAGGGAGUGUCUUGAUCCCUGUGUCAUUGUUCUGGUUUGCGUGGACGGUGGAAUACAAAGUGCAUUGGACGGCAAGCAUUGCAGCGACCUUUUUCUACGGCGUGGGUCAAGUGGUGAUUUUCAAUACGGUGCAAAAUUAUUAUAUUGAUUCUUUCUCGCAGUAUGCCGCCUCGGCGAUUGCGGGGGGAUCUGUGUUUCGCAGUCUGUUGGGAGGCGUGGUGCCAUUGUUUGCGCCCAUGCUGUUUGAAAAGAUCGGCUACGGGUGGGGAAUCAGUUGCUUUGGAUUUCUGGCCGUUUUGAUUGCUCCUAGCCCCUUGUUGUUCUAUUACUAUGGUGCGAGGAUCAGAGAGAGAUUUCAGUUGAAAUUCUAG